AGGAAGAGGAAAAAAACACAUAACAGAGAUUUUUGACAAUCUAUCUACCGUUGAGGGACAAGGGCAACCCGCCCCCAUGGAACCCUGAUACCCUACUGAUGCCGGCCGUUCCAUGUUCUAUGAUGCAGGUUGGGACCGAUGAAUAACCCCGUGAUCCUGGGCUGCGCCGGCGACGGUUGCACUUCCGGCGUCCACGCCUGGCCUCUCUUCCACACCCACUACAGGGGCGUGCUCUGCCGCCUGUGCCCCACCUGCCUCCUCCUCCCCUACCCCUCCCUCUACUGUCGCUACUGCUUCCUCAUGCCCGGUGCUGAAUCGCCGGCCGACCACGACGCCGACGACACUCUCAUCGCCCGGAACGCGCCGAUUUUGAUCUGCAUGGAAUGUCAAGAAGCCGUCGUCCACGCCGCCUGCAUCAACAAAGCCCGCGGCGACAACUCCUACAGCGCUUUCUUCGUGUGCCCAGCCUGCAGCUCCACGCCCACGGAGGGACAGCCCUUCUCCUGCGGCGUGCCGCUCGACGAGCUCUGCAGGCGGGUCCUGCUCCUUUCCUCGCGGAUCGCGCUGGCAUUGCUUCACAAGGAGGACGCCCAGGUGCGUGCGGCGGGGCAGGAGCCAGCCGCGGAGCUCGUGAACGCGAUCAAGGAAACAUACCGCCUGAUGGGCAACGCCCACGGCAUAGACAUGCCGCCGCGGGAGAACCUGCUCCAGCUGCCGGCGCCACCCCAAGGAAAUAAUGCGCCCAACAUGAACAUGGCGCUGGACCUCAACGAGCCAGCCCGGCCGCCUUCGCCGGCCACGGCUCCGAUUGGCAUGGAGGGCGUCUGCAGGGAAUGGCCAGUCCAGCACCCGCCGCCUUCCGUGCCCACGCUUCCGGUUGGCAGGGAGGGCGUCUGCAGGGACUUCGUCAUGGCCUACCCUGAUGCCCCGUCGUCUUCGAUGGCCUCGCCUGGGACUGGUAUGCGGGGCAUCCGCAGGGAAUUGCCAAUGGCCUCCGCCGUGGCCCAGUCGUCUUCGAUGGCAUUGCUUGCGGCAAGUAUGCAGGGCGUCCGCAGGGGAUUUCCAGUGGACUGCCCCGUGGCACAGCCAUCUUCGAUGCCCUCGCUUGCGGCUGGUAUGCAGGGAGUCCGCAGGGAAUUUCCAAUGGCCUCCCCUGUGGCCCAGUCGUCUUCAAUGGCCUCGCUUGCGGCUGGUAUGCAGGGCGGCCGCAGGGGAUUGCCAAUGGCCUCCCCCGAGGCCCAGUCGUCUUCGAUGGCCUCGCUUGCGGCUGCUAGGCAGGGCGUCCGCAGGGAAUUUCCAAUGGACUCCCCUGUGGCUCAGUCAUCUCCCAUGGCCUCGUUUGCGGCUGGUAUGCAGGAAAUCCUCAGGGAAUUCCCAAGAGCGUCCCCCGUGGCCCAGUCGUCUUCCAUGGCCUCCCUUGAGGCUGCUAUACAGAGCAUCCGCAGGGGAUUGCCAAUGAAUUCCCCCGUGGCCCAGUCGUCUUCGGUGGCCUCGCUUGCGACUGGUAUGCAGGGUGUAGUGCCCCCUUCGCCUUACAUGGCCUCGUUUGCGGCUGCUAUGCAGGGCCUCCGCAGGGAAUUUCCAAUGGCCUCCCCCGUGCCCCCGUCGCCUUCUACGGCCUCGUUUGCGGCUGGUAUGCAGGGCGUCCGCAGGGAAUUGCCAAUGGUCUCCCCCGUGGCCGAGUCUUCUUCCAUGGCCAGGAGCAGGCAGAAUGGCAGCUCAGCAGGCGUCUGCAUGGAAUUGCCAAUGGUCUCCCCCGUGGCCGAGUCUUCUUCCAUGGCCAGGCGCGGGCAUAAUGGCCGCUCACCAGGCGUCCGCAUGGAACUGCCAGCGGCCACUCCCGAGCCUUCUAUGGUCACGCUUACAAGGCGCACGGAGGGCGCCCGCAUGGAAUUGCCAAUGGCCUCCCGGCGCGAGGCCCUGACGCCUUCCAUGUCCGCGCUUACAGGCCGCACAGAGGGCGUUUGCAUGGAAUUGCCAAUGACCUCCCGGCGCGAGGCCACGGCGCCUUCCAUGUCCACGCUUACGCUUGGCCGCAUGGAAUCGCCAAUGGCCUCCCGGCGCGAGGUCCCGUCGCCUUCCAUGGCCACGCAGACGUUUACGCUUGGCCGCACGGCAGGCGUCUGCAGGGACUCGCCAAUGACCUCCUGGCGUGAGGCCCCGUCGCCUUCCAUGGCCACGCAGACGCUUACGCUUGGCCGCACGGCCGGCGUCUGCAGGGACUCGCCAAUGGCCUCCCGCGAGGGCCCGUCGUCUUCCCUGGCCACGCUUAGGCCUGGCCGCACCAUACUUAUGCCUGGCCGCACAACUAUAGGCGUGCCAAUGGCCAACCCCGAGCCUCCGUCGCCUUCCAUGCUCAAUCUUACGCUUGGCCGCACGGCGGGCGUCCGCAAGAAAUCUCCAAAGCAGAAGCGGACGCUGCAGCUGCUCUAG